AUGGGUGGUAUUAGAAAAUUUAAAAAAGGAGUUAAAGGUGAAAACUUAAAGUUUAUGACCAGAAAUGAAGCUGUAAAGAAAUUACAAGUAUCAUUAAAAGUAUUCAGAAAAUUAUGUAUUCUUAAAGGUAUUCACCCAAGAGAUCCAAAAAAGAAAUUAAAAGGAAAAAACAAGACAUAUUACUAUGCUAAAGAUAUUAAAUAUUUACAAAAUGAAAAGAUUUUAGAAACAAUUAGAGAAAGAAAAACAAUUAAAGAAAAAGAAAUUAAAUUAAUUGCCAAGAAAGAAGUUGCAUUAUUAAAGAAAUUACGUGAAAAUCGUCCAAUGAUUUCAUUAGACCAUAUUGUUAAAGAACGUUAUCCAACAUUCGAAGAUGCAUUAAAGGACCUCGACGAUUGUUUAAGUUUAAUAUUUUUAUUUGCAAAUAUGGAUGCAUCACCAAAGAUUCGUGAAAAUCAAAUUAGAGCAUGUGAAAAGUUAGCACGUGAAUUCCAAUAUUAUGUUGCCAAAAGUAAUAGUUUAAAGAAGGUUUUUGUAUCAGUUAAAGGUAUCUACUAUCAAGCCGAAAUUAUGGGUGAAACCAUUACCUGGAUCACUCCACUCAACUAUCUUUCAAAAAAAGAAAAACAAGUCGAUUAUGGUGUAAUGAUCAGUUUUAUUGAAUUUUAUCAAGCUCUUAUGAAAUUUGUAAAUUACCGUCUUUUCUCAUCACUCGAUUUAGAAUAUCCACCAAAGAUUGAUGAAAUUAAAUUAGGUAAAGCCGAAGGUUUAUUCAAUAUUUUCGAUAGUCUUAAAACCAAAACUGCCAUUAAUGCCCAAAAGAAAAUUGAAGCCGCUAAAGCUGUUGCUGCUGCUGCCGCUGCUCUUGAUGGUAGCAAAACUGCCAAGGCCGAUCCAAAACUUAAAAAAUUAGAAGAAAAGAUUUCAAAGAUUUCAACCAAAGAAGAAAAAUCAAUUAAAGAACCAACUGAAUCUGAAGAACAAAACGAUUUACAAGUUAAUGCUAGUGGUAUUUCAAAAGAUUUUGAAGGAUUAGUUGACGAAGAAAACAAAGACGAUAUUCCAAAAAUUUUAGAUCAUUCAAACCUUUUCAAAGGUUUCCACUUUUUCCUUGGUCGUGAAGUUCCACGUCAUAUUUUAGAAUUUAUUAUCCUUUCAUUUGGUGGUAGAGUCUCAGUUCAAGGUGGUCCAGUCUACGAAGGUAACCAAACUAUCACUCAUCAAAUCAUCGAUAGAAAUACCAUCACCAAAACUUAUCACACUAGAGAAUAUAUUCAACCACAAUGGGUCUUUGAUUCAGUUAACAGCAAAGUUUUACUUCCAUACUCUGAAUAUAGUAUUGGUGUUAUUCCACCAGCCCAUCUUUCACCAUUUGUCGAAUACGAAGACGACGAUUACAUUCCAGCCCGUAAAGCUGCUCUUGAUGAAUUAAUCAACUCUAAAGAUUUCGCAAAAGCUAUUGCUCAAGAAGAACAAGAAGAAGAAGACGAAGAAGAAGAAGAAAAAGAUAAUGAAGAAGAAAGUGAUGAUGAAGAUGAAGAAAAUGAAGAUGAUGCUGAAAUUCUUGAACAACGUUAUACUGAAGAGUUAAGAAAAGAACAAGAUAGAAAGAGAAAAUCACGUGAUGAUGAUGAAGAAUCUGAAGAGGAAGACGAAGAAGAUUCAGAUGAAGAAGAAUCUGAAGAUGAAGAAAUGGAACAAGAUAAACCAGUUGCUGCUAAUACUACUCCAGCUCAAAUGACCAAAAAACAAAGAGAAGAUUUAAAGAAACAAAAACAAAAUGAAGAAGAACUCAAAUUAGCUGAAACUAUGAUUAGAAAGAAAGAAAGAUGGAUUUACAAUAAAAUUAAAGAAACUAACCAACAAAAAGUUGCUGCUACUCAAAAUCUUAUGGACAAGAGAAAUAAAAUUGAAUCAGGUAAAGAUGUCAAUGGUAGAGAAAAACAAUCACAACCAGCUAAACAACAACCAACCAAACAACAACCAGCUAAACAACAACCAGCUAAACAACAACCAGCUAAAUCAAAAUCAUCAAGUGCUUCACAACCAGUUGUUAAAAAACAAAAAAAAUAA